AGCCCAGCAAGUAGUGAAGGAGCUUAGUUAAUCGGCGACUCACGAGCAGCCGUUUAGUACCGGUUUGGAUCUCAACUCGAGAAACCGAGACAGUGGCGAGUGGGAUUUCUCACGUUCUCCAACGAAGUGUGGAGUCUCGCGUUGAUCGACGAGAAUCAUCAAAGCAAAACAAGAAAAUUCCUGACUCGCUCUGAUCUGAAAGAGAGAGAGAGAGAGAGAAGAAACAAGAAAAACAGCGAAGUGAUUACAAGAUCUUGAUUCCCAGGGAGUAAUUACAUGCCGAUACCACAAAUAAACAUGAUGGUUAUCGGCACGCUAGUUCUUUUCCUCACGUUAACAGCGAUCCAUGCACAGAGAUGCCAAGAAGCAAGUGCUAACUGUAUCAACAUUCGCAAUUGUCCGGCGAUCUUAGCAAUUCUGACAGGUCCUAAACCGCUUUCGGCAAGUACAGUGGAGACUCUUCGAAUCUCGCAAUGUGGCUUCGACGGCAACGACCCGAAAGUUUGCUGCAACCUGGAAACAUCGACACCGAUGAUGAGGAGAGAUGCCUCGAAUCAAGGCCCACCAGAUGUGACAAACCAUCCGAAUCUACGUUUAUUGGAUCAUGUAGCAUGCGGACCCCUCGCCACACAGAAAAUAGUCGGCGGUAACAAAACCAGAGUCUUCCAGUAUCCAUGGAUGGCGUUAAUCUCGUACACCGGCGACAUCAGCAAAACAGAUCCCGAUUUCCGUUGCGGUGGUACACUCAUCUCCUCGCGCUACAUCCUCACCGCCGCUCAUUGUGUCACCGAGCUUCCAGAUGGUCUCCAAGUAAUAGGCGUCAGAGUAGGAGAACACGACCUAACCACGGAACGUGACUGCGAGAGAGACAAAAAUGGGAGGGAAGUUUUUUGUUCAAACUAUCAGGAUUUCGGCAUAGAUAGCAUCCAAUCCCAUCCGGACUACACGACUAGUAGAAUGCAAAAUGAUAUCGCGCUUAUCAGGUUGAAUGUUUCCGUAAACUUCAGUCCACGAAAUAUCAAGCCGAUUUGCCUACCUAUCGGUAAUUCGAGGCCGAUAAAUCGUGACAAUGGGGCUGUGGUGACCGGCUGGGGCGCGACGGAGUCGGGCCAGCGUAGUAAGGUUCUUCUGCAGGUGAAUCUGCCGCUGGUGGACAACGAGCAGUGUGAAGAAGCGUACUCACGGUCCGCGGACAUCUGGUACAAGCAGAUAUGUGCCGGCGGCCACAUUGACGUGGACUCCUGUUUGGGAGACAGUGGCGGGCCUCUGCAGGCGGAAAGUAUAUACAACGGCGGGCCGGUGCGAUUCGUCCAGUACGGCGUGGUCAGCUACGGGUUGAGACAGUGCGGCACCGACGGCUUCCCCGGAGUUUACACGAGAGUCACCUACUACAUGGACUGGAUCCUCAACACGAUGACACCUUAAAAAGCGGGAUUAAAACAGAAUGCAUGUCUUUCGCAUUAAUCUCAAUCUACGUGUUUGGCGACGCAAACGUGGUGUAAUCCGAAGAGAAUGAGAAUACAAGUUUUGCGAGGUAUUAGAUAGAUGCAAUAGAUAAGAAAAAAUUAAUUUUGGAAGAUAGGCUGAAUAGGUGAAAAUGCAGAAGAGGAAUAUGUUAUAUUAUAUUUUCGACGCUUGUAGAAAUAAACGAUUUAGACGACUAGGAAAAUGAUCCGUGAGUGAAUCCAAAUAAAUAUCGUUAGUAUGCAUGUUAUAAUACAUUAAUUAAUAAAAAUAAUUAUUGUUAAUUUUAAAUACUCUUGUUAUCUUUUUAUAUUAGAAGUGUUUCAUUGCCGAUACAACUUUAUUCUAUUAGACGGUAAUCUCUUGGGAUUGCGACUUAAAUUAAAUUAUGCGACAAAGUAUUAUAAUCGCAUAUGCAAUAAGUGUGAAACAUCUUCGAUAAGAAGAGAAAAAUGACAGUUUUUCAAGAGACAGAGACAGAGAAACAUCUUUUCUAAUAGAUAUUCGUGCUAAACCGAUGUGUAAUUAUAAUUUAUAUGUAACAUGUGUUUUCACGUCUUAUAAUAUCGAUAUAUAAUUUUUCCAUAAAA